GAUUGGACUUCCGCAUGGAAGCAGAGACCAUGCAGGAAUCCCAGAGCCUUGAACAAGUCUCCAGCGGCAGCAUCAGUCGGCAGCGAAUAAACUUCUUCAUGAAUCGUGAAGAUGAUGCCGAUGCGAAUGUCUGAGAGGAUAUAACCGUCAACCUGGGCCCCAAUCCUGCCUCCCCAGUCUGCCAACCCUUGCCUGUAGCGGAGUCCUUCACGUCGCGAUGCGUCUGUUUCAUGCUGUAUCCGCCGUGCAGCUGUUGGCUGGAUGCCUUGUGACGGCAGUUCCCUUGGACUCGUCCUCGACUCCGGAUAUCGAUAUAGACCCAGCUGCCAACCCAAUCGACGCUCUCGCCGUUCUGCAGCAGCACGUCUACGCGACGCUUGAACAGAGCGAUGCUGUCGAAAAGAGGUCUCCGAAAGCUCCAAAAGGUUGCUCCUUGGCCAACGCAAGUAUACGGCAAGACUGGGAGCACUUGAGCAAGGCAGACCGAAAGGCUUACAUCAAAGCUGUACAGUGUCUUCGAACGUUGCCGUCCAAGUCCGACAAGUCAUGGGCCCCGGCAGCGAGGACUCGUUACGAUGACUUUGUAGCCAUCCACGUGAACCUGACCCAGAGUAUACAUGGCAACGGUCUCUUCCUCACCUGGCAUCGCUAUUUUGUGUGGGCGUACGAGCAAGCCCUUCGACAAGAAUGCGGCUACAAGGGCUACCAACCCUACUGGAACUGGUUCUCACAUACGGAUGAUAUCCAUAAGUCACCUGUCUUUGACGGUAGUGACACCAGCAUGGGUGGCGAUGGUGAAUUCUUUGCACACAAUGGGAGUCUCGGAGGCGCCAAGUUGAUAGCCAUCCCCUCUGGAAACGGGGGAGGAUGUAUCAAGAGCGGCCCUUUCAAAAAUACACAAGCGAACAUUGGUCCAAUGUCUCCUGGCAUGCAGGGCUUCGAUCACCUGGCAGUCGACAUUACCGAUUACAACCCGCGAUGCGUUCGCCGGGACCUCAGUUCCUACAUAACAAAGAAGUGGUUCACUACGGCGAACCUCCUGAACGUGACCGUUGGCGCGGCUUCUAAGACCCACCGCCUCUUCUGGACUGAAGUUCAGGGCCGAUAUCCAGAUGGCUUCCUUGGCCUGCACACCUCGGGCCAUUACACUAUGGGGGGCGACGCGACCGAUCUCUAUUCGUCUGUCAAUGAUCCCGCUUUUUGGCUCCAUCACGCUAUGCUUGACCGCAUCUACUGGAUCUGGCAGACGCUUCAUCCACUCGAGGCGAAUAAGAUCGCCGGUACCUUGACGUUGCAGAAUAAGCCUCCGUCGCGUGACGCUACUAUCGACGACCUGUUGGAUUUGGGGGUUAAUGCUAAGACGAUGAAGAUUCGCGAUAUGCUUAAUACCUUGGGUGGUACCCCUCUGUGCUACAUCUACUUGUGAGCAGGUCGAGAGGAUUGCCUUUACAGCAUGUUACCACCAUCCGAGGGAAACUUGGGAGGGAAAAUAGGGUGCCGUAAUCCUGGUGUAACCGGCUUACAGGCGGGGGCCUCGAACAAGCUGCGAAUGGGGGAAGGCCACCAGAGUUGUGCGCAUGGUUGCCCGUUCACAACCAUUGCAUCUCGUCGCCAAGUUUCAGGUAUGUGGCAACAUGGUGUACUCUGUAAUUAUUAAUUAUUCAGCAUCAACACUUCAAAGGUUGCAUAUACUUCAUCACAGUAAAUCUUGUCGCGAAAAGCUCAUUGUGCGUCUUUUUCGCUCGCAGGCUGCUGUGCGCUAUUUUUCAUGUGAAUCUUCCGUAGCAUUUUUUCUCCUAGAUAUUUAGUUUUAGUGUAGAUUGAUUGUGUUAAGACAAUAUCUAUUAUGCUGUAACGUAGUUUAUAAGCGAG